AUGGCACAAGUCAUUAAAAGAAAAGCUAAAGAAAUAGACCUAAUAGAUAAAACUCCAAAUAAAAAAGAUGACGAAGAAAUUUUAAAUGCUCUACGUAAAAUACAUCCGUUCAAAAUCAACUCACCGCAAAAAGGAAAGCCAAUCCGAAUUUAUUCGGAUGGAAUAUUUGAUUUAUUCCAUCUAGGUCAUGCAGAGGCCCUCAAAAAGGCCAAAAAUUAUUUUUCGGACGUUUACCUAUUAGUUGGCGUAUGCAACGACCACGACACCCACCAAAAGAAGGGGAAGACGGUCAUGAACGAGGAGGAGCGUGCACAAUCAUUGAUACAUUGCCGGUGGGUUGAUGAGGUUAUUGUUAAUGCGCCAUGGGUUGUUACCCAAGAAUUUAUUGACCAGUACGACCCAUACCCAUCAGGAGACUGUGAUGACAUCUAUGGAUUCAUAAAGAGCCAAGGAAAAUUUUUGCCAGUAACCCGUACAGAAGGUAUCUCCACGUCGGACUUAAUAACGAGGAUUAUCAAGGAUUACGAUGAGUUCCUCGAAAGAAACUUGGAAAGAGGCAUUUCUCCUAGGGACCUAGGUUUAGGAUAUUUGAGGGAAAAGGAAUAUCUGAUGAAAAAGUCCAUUUCAAAAGUAACUUCAAAUAUACAUCAGAAUUGGCAUGGGACCAAGGAAGAAUUAAAAAAUGAUCUGGCUGAAUUGAAAAACGAUCUGGCACAGGUCUUUGCUUCGAUGUUCAAUGGCGAGGGUGUUAUUGAUAAAUUCCUUCGUCUUCGUAAGCCUCGUAGAACAUUGAGCAAUGGAUCAGAAACAAAUACCGAGGAAGAUAGAAAUGAUCAUAGUGCCUCGGAUGAAGAUAACCAAGAUAAUAAUACAAGAAGAAGUGCUUCACCAGUCCGAAGGUGA